AUGCCUGGGAUAACAAAUGCAAUAAGUAACAUAUUGACGCUUAAAAGCAAAAUAAAACCUCAACAGCGAACUUAUCGUCAAACUCCAGCAAGUACACGAAUUCGAUGUUUUCCACUUCGUAUUGGCCCUGGUGUUGAAUUAAUCUCAACAAUUCAUGAAUUAAUGGAAGAUAUUGAUGUCCAAUCAUUAUCUAUUUUAAGUUGUGUUGGAACAUUAUCAGCAUGUUCAUUAGAUUCACAUCAAUUAAAUAAAAAAGAAUAUAAUAUUGUAUCAUUAAGUGGAACAUUUGAUAAACAAUCUCAUAAUAUAAUGGGUUCAUUUGCUGAUUCUGAAACAGGUUCAUUAAUUGGUGGUAAAAUUCGGUCUCUUACUGUUCAUACAACAUGUGAAUUAAUGUUAGCUGAACCACUCGAUUGUACUUUUUCUCGAGAGUUUGAUCCAAGAACUGGACAAAAUGAAUUACAUGUUAGACGAAAACUUCUUACUGAUUUAUAA